AAUUUAGUCAGAACAGUCAUAGAAAUACCACCUAUAAAUUAAAAUAGUAUGUGAACUUUAUCUCCAGUCUCCAACCUCCAUGAAGAUCACCCUGCGUCAGCUCCAAGUGGGUGGUAAACUGAGCCUGGAGGAGUGCCUGAGGAUGGAGUACAGGAUGACACAGGGGUGUGUGAGGGGGAAAGACUUCUACGAGGGAGUUAGAGCAGUGCUUGUAGACAAAGACCAGAGUCCAAAGUGGGACCCUGCAACACUGGAAGAAGUGACUAAUGAAGUGGUGGAAAGCUAUUUCAAACCUUUACCUGAGGAAAAAGAGUGGAAAGCACAGCUAUGAUGAGGGGUGAUUGUGCUAGAUGUGCAGGGCAAAGUGUCACAACUAACACAAUGGUGGUGUUUGGCCAUCUUCUCCAACACAGUUAUAGGAAUGGUGCCAACCUUUGAUUUUUUUAAACAUAAAUUAUGACAAAGGAGAGAACCAUGACUUAAUCAAGUUGAUAAUUAUUAUAACCUUUUUAAGUGACACUAUGGCUAAAAUGAUCACGAAAGUAUUUUCUAUCAAAAGGAAUUUAACCGUGAGCCAUUACCAAAUUAUUUAUGAUUUGUGAUAUACUGUAAUUAUCAAGAGAAAAUAUCUAGUCUGUCAGAUUAAACAGAAUUGGAAAAUAAUACAUAAUUGUCCUUAUGAUUAAAUGUGGGUUGUGAUAUGACAUCGCUACUUGGAUGAAAUAAAUUACAGUAGAUCAUGAAGUAAGUUGCUCAAAGUGAUCAGCAAUAAUAUUGUGAAAAGGACUCAUUACUUUCGUACAUGGCUCUUCUGUUUUAUUCAAGUGGAAUCAGAAAUAAUUUGCCAUCAUCUCUGCAAAUAUAUUUCUUUUCAGAUAAUACAUGCUGAUAUACAAUAAAUCUUACCUAACAAGUUGCAAAUGUUCACUGCAUUUUAUUUCAAUACAUUCCACAGAAUAUUUGAUAUGUUCUCACUUGCAUCAUUUCAAGUUUGUUAAAAAAAAAAUACAUUGAAUAAUCUUGAAAUGUAAAACAUACCCAAAUAAGGAGUACAUCAUAAACAUUGCUUUGGCCCAUACGUAUCAGUAAUCGCCAUAACCAAAUACACAUAAGUUAAUCAGUCCUUAAAACACAUGAAAUGUGAUAGUAACUUACCACAAUUUCUUGAAAUUAAAUAUUAACUGUAAAUUUGAUGUACACUUCUCUAUUCAGCAUGCACAUGGUGCCUGUGCACUUGCACAUUGUCUUCACGCCG